GUAUCUUUUUGACACCAACACUAGAAUAAUUGGAAAAAUCGAAACCGAAAAAUUUUUCGCAAAAAACGGAAAAAGCCGGAGUUUUCACGACCAAACAAAGAAAAUGGGCGAACAACCGAUUUUCACCUGCCAGGCUCAUGUCUUCCACAUUGACCCGAAGACAAAGCGCACAUGGAUUACGGCCAGUAUGAAAGCGGUGAAUGUGAGUUUCUUUUACGACUCGUCUCGCAACCUGUAUCGCAUCAUUAGUGUGGAAGGCACAAAAGCCGUUAUUAAUUCAACAAUAACACCCAAUAUGACGUUUACGCAGACAUCGCAGAAGUUUGGGCAGUGGAGUGAUGUGCGUGCCAAUACGGUUUACGGCUUAGGAUUUGCUUCUGAGGCCGAAUUGACGAAGUUCGUGGAAAAGUUCCAAGAAGUGAAGGAGGCAACAAAAAAUGCAAUAAAGGCUGCAAAUGGCUCCACUGCUGUUACGCCUACAACGUCUGCCAAUACAUCACCUAUUUCGUCGCGUAUGCAACAGAACGAUAACACCGCCAUUGAUCCGCAUACUGUGGAACCACCAAAUAUGUCCAAUACGAAUACGCAAAAUGCCAAUCCGGAUAGUCCAUCUCAUAAGCUGCUACCGGCAGCGGAAACAAAACAGGACCUGGCUGCAGGUGCCGCACCAUCGCCUGCACCCCCGGCGGUAACAGUAUCCUCCAGUGGCAGUAUUGUGGGUGUGCAUACAGGUGGGAGUGCUGGUGCUACUGGUGAACAGCAACUUAAAUACGAGAAUGAACGACUUAAAAUGGCAUUAGCUCAAAGUUGUGCCAAUGCUAAGAAGUGGGAAAUCGAAUUGGCCACAUUGAAAAACAACAAUAUACGCCUGACAAGUGCAUUGCAGGAAUCCACCGCCAAUGUAGACGAGUGGAAACGUCAGUUGCAUACCUACAAGGAGGAAAAUAUAAGAUUAAAACGAGAGCUGGACGUAAUUCGUGCAGGCGGCGGGGGGAGCGUUGCUUCUGGAGCUUCAGGCGGGGGUGAGAUAGCGGAAGAUUUACGGCGUGAAAUAGGUUUACUGAAAGGGCGCAUCGAAUCACUAGAAAAUGAAUUAAUGAGUCAAGAAAUCGAAUUGAAAGCAGCAAAUAAGAGUUUACGCGAUAAAAGUCUUGAUCCUAACCAAAUGGCGAAACUGAGCGAGUUGAAUGCACUCUUUUCCAAGCACAUAACAGAAUUGUUUAGUGUACAAAAAGACAUGGAAAAUAUCAUUCAUCCAGCAAAAAGCACUUGAGAUAAAGAUUUGAGCUAUUUUAAAAAGGUUUCAGGUAUAGAACAACAAUUACAACAGCAGACGAUUACCAUUAGAAAAUAUGUCGGUACUUCGGCUACAGGCAGCAGCUGUGGCGGUGGUGGCGGCGUUGGUGGCGACACA